UGCAAUUUCUUUUUUGUAUCUGUUUAUAACUAAUAGUGUUACCCAACUUUCUUAGUAGUGAGACGAAAAGAAAAAAAAAAGUGUCACUUUCUGCCAGAUUACAGCACCUUGUAGCAGCUGAUGGUCCUCAACACUACAGCUCUGCCAUUUGAAGUGUCUGCACUGAGCUCUGAGUGACAUACAUUCAAACAGUAGCUUCUUACCUUUUUGUCCAAAGUUCACAUUCCGUACACAUGAUGAGAACAAGUUAGAUAUCGAGAGGAGAAGCUGUGAAAUCUGUUAUAAGUCUGUCACUGAUCCUGCUUGUGAUUGAUUGAUAUGACAAGGCAGGCCUGAGAUGAACUGCCCAGACCUGGAAGAGUCCUUUUUACACCAAGAUUGGACCAAUGCAAUGAACCCUUUGUUUGAAGAGGACAGCAAUGGCAGCAGCAGCAGUAGCUCUGUAGGUUUGUCCAAGCUCAGUUUAAAAGCCAAUCAAAAUGAGGUCAAUGACCAUGAAGAGGAGGAAAAGAUGUGUGUGGUUUGUGGAGAUAAAGCCAACGGAUAUCACUUUCACGUUCUGACAUGUGAGGGAUGUAAAGGCUUUUUCAGACGUUCCAUGACCAAGGGACUCCAAUUCACCUGCCCCUUCACCCGGAUAUGCCCAAUUACCAAAGACAAGAGGCGCCAAUGCCAGGCCUGCAGGCUACAGAAAUGUUUGGAUGCAGGGAUGAGGAAAGACAUGAUAAUGACAGAUGAGGCACUGACAUUGCGACGGGCACUGAGGACCAGAAAAAAGCAGGAGCGCCUGCAAAGAAUGAAGCAAAUGGAGGGAGUGAAAUCACUAACUGAGGAGCAGAAGCAGCUUAUAUUCACUUUAACUACUGCACAAGACAAACACCUAGAGUGCAUUUUCACCAAGAUGGAUGAAUACUGUCCUCCUGAAUUUCAGUUAAUCUAUGAUAGUUUCUCAGUCUCCAGCUCACGCUCCCCAUCUCCCAACAGCAUGUCCCCUCCAAUGGACUAUUUGCAACUGCAAAAUAAUGACACAUUGCCUAAAGGCAUGAAGCUUACUGACCAUAUUGUGCAUUCAGCAGUGUUUGGCAUGGUGCCCCACUUUGCCAAUGUGAGCACUGCCAUGAUUCAGCAGGUCAUAAAAUUUGCCAAGGAGAUACCAGCUUUCCGAGAUCUUUCCAUCGAUGACCAGAUCUCCCUGCUGAAAGGUUCAACUAUGGAGAUCUGCCAGAUCCAAUUUAAUAUUGUCUUCAACUUGGAAAAUAAUACGUGGGAAUGUGGAAAGACCAAGUACAGUAUACAUCAUGCAGCCAUGACCGGCUUCCAGCACAUGUACCUGGAACCUCUCCUGAAAUUUCAUAUCACCUUCCGCAAAUUAAAGCUUCAUAGAGAGGAAUAUGUCUUGAUGCAAGCAUUGGCCCUCUUCUCACCUGAUCGUCCAGGAGUCAUAGAGCGUAGCUCUAUCGAUGAGAACCAGGAGAAGAUAGCACUAACAUUAAAAUGCUACAUCGACCAACAUCACCCACUUCCGGAAGGAAGGUUCCUCUACCCCAAACUCCUGUCCAUUUUGACUGAACUCCGCAGCCUUAACGAUGAAAACACCCGCCAGAUUCUCCACAUUCAGGAUAUGUCAUCAAAUGCUAUGACCCCACUCAUGAAGGAAAUUUUUUGCUGAAAUUGCCAACAUCUUUAGCAAUGAAUCUCACAAGUAUUUGCACAAGUUGUAGAAAAACAAAUGAACUGUAGAUCUCCCUGUACUGAGAGAGAUGGGUGGAUCACCAUGAGAAAACAUUUUCUACACUAGAAACUAAGCAGAAUAAGCAUUAUGGAUGCCUAAUUACACAAUGAGACAAGCUAAAGUGAUUUUGAAUUCCAAAAACCUCAUGUGCCUUCACUUUCUCAUUUAAUUGCACUUUACCAGACUGACCUUUGCUUCUGUCUUAACCAAGUGAACCAAAUGAACAGAUGGAAAACAAUGAAAUUCACUGAUGCAGACACAAUUUGAAACCAAUAGCAUGGUUAGGGCACAGAGAAUAAUUUGGUCAUCGACAAGGCCUUGAGGACCUAAUAACUUUUUGUGGCAUAGUCGAAUGUAAAUCCUGAAUGUGCACUUUCUGUGGAGCAUUUGCAAAACCUCAUGAUGAUAGAAGAUAAAAUGAAGUUUAUGACCGGCAGAUAUAAUUCUGGCCAUGUCUGGAUAGAUUUUACUAACUUUGGUGUAAUUUGUGCUAAAAAUGUAACCAGUGGACAGAAAGUAAUAGGCUUGGGCAUAUCAAUCUUAUUAAUCAAAGGAGGAUUUGAGCAACUGUUUUAUUGUUUUAUUUCUGAAACCACAAUCAGGUUGGUCAGUGCCAUCAUAGAGAACCACAUUAUAAAAUUUACAAUAUCUGAGAAUCCCCUAUUGUUCCAAAACAAACCAGAUUGGAGGGUAUUCAAAAAUCUACAAUAGGAAUAUAAGACUGUAAAAAAAAAACAAAUGCGUGCAUUGGAUUAUAUUCUGAUAUUUUUUCUCCUCUUGGUUACUUUUUGGUAUUUUUAAAAACUAUUUCAAACUCAACAAAACACCUGCGAUUGAAUAUGCUAGGCAGCCUGAUAUAGGUCAGUGUAAUUAUAGAACAUUUGAAUUUCCUACAUUCAGACUUGCUAAAAGGAGCAUUAAACUGCUGAGCACCACUACAAUAGAAUGGUUACUAUUCACCAUGAUAUUUUAUUUUCCUCCUUUUCAAAACAUUUAACCUAUUUUAACACCUUAACCCUUUAAGGACACAGCUUUCAGUUUGCUCAAUUGUUUUAUGACGGAAAAAUUCCGUCAUGUGUCCUUUAGAGGUUAAAGAUCCCAGAUGCUGAAGCUCCUCCUCUCUGUACUGUGCACCGCCAUCUUGGAGUUUAGGUAUUCUCACACCUUGUGACAGAAUCAGUGCACAUUUACAAAUCAGUGAUGUCAGCUUUUUGACAGCUUUAUCAUUUGCGUGGGAUUCGUGUGCAUAAUACGGCAUGUGAGCUUUACAUUUACACAAAAUAUAUUAAGAAAAGCACUCACCAAUAGUAUAGAGCAGUGCAGAAACUGCAAAAAUGUACAGCUCUCCUCUGUAUCACACAUCUUAAAAGUUGUCAGAAAACCCGCCAAAAACUUUACUGAUCUGUAAAUGUGUACGCUUUUGCUACAGUAGGUAAGAAUAUGUGUGCUCCAAAAUAGCGUCUCCCAGUGUAAAGAGGUGGCGCUUCACUGUCCGGCAACUUUAAAGGGAGAUGAAACCCAAAAAUAUUAUUUCAUGAUUUAGGUAGAACAAAUUUUAAAAACUUCCCAGUUUACUUCCAUUAUCAAAUUUGCUUCAUUCUCUUGGUAUCAUUUGUUAAAGGAGCAGCAAUGCACUACUGGUUUCUAACUGAACACAUGGGGUGAGCCAAUGACAAUCGGUAUAUUUAUGCAGCCACCAAUCAAUAGCUAGAACUUAGGUUCGUUAUUGCUCCUAAGCUUACCUCAAUAAACCUUUCAGCAAAUGAUAAUAAGAGAAGGAAGCAAAUUAAAUAGUAGAAGUAAAUUGGAAAGUUGUUUAAAAUUGUAUUUUCUAUCUGAAUCAUGAAUGUCUAAUUAUGACUUUACUGUUCUUUUAAGGAGUUAAAAUAGGAGAAAGUGCAUUUACUGGCUUUUUUCAGAUUAACACGAACGCAAAAAAUAAAUAAAUAUAUAUUUAUUUAUUGUCAGUGGGACAGGAGAACAAUAUAUAGUGUUGCAGAUAAUUAUCUUAUAUGUGUUUGAUUGCAAGUCUCCUAACAAGCUUAAGUCAUGCCAAGUAUGCAAUAUAAUCAUUGGUUGAAAUGUGGACGCAGCAUGUAUGAUACUAUCCGCUGAAUGAAAAAAAACUUUGAAUAAUAAGCUGUGCAAAUAGCCUAGCUAUAUUAUAUUACAGCAGUCAAAAUUUCAAUAGGGUAAAUGUCUGAAAACAUUUUUGUGAAAGAUGAGUUUGGGAGGGAUUUCCAUUGAUAAGAAUGUGAAUAGAUAAUGUGGUAAAAAGACCCUUUGAAAACUAUUGGAAAGCCUAUUUCUAAUAUAACGAUUGCUCUGAAUAUGAAAACAGGUUAUCACAUCGGUUUUAAAGGGAAAUGAAAUGCCUCUUGCUUUUGUGUAAAAAAAAAAAUAAAUAUGUGAUUGUUCCACGCUCCCUAGAAAGGCCAAAAACUAAGUUCUGUAACCUACAAAUCACACAGCUGGUUUAGGCAAUUUGCUGCAUUCUGUCGACGUUACAGGUUUUGCUUUUCGGCCUAUCUAGGGAUUGUGGGACAAAGCACAACAUUUAAAGUAAAAGUUAUUUAGGGUCCCUUUAACCAAUGUGGCAAGCUCUUCUACAACACAUAUCCCUAGUUGUGAAUAAAUUAUAUAGUAAUUCCUCUUUAAAAUGUGAAUUUUUCAAAGCAUCUGUGUUAACCGUUUGCUAUUCUAAUGCUAUAUAUCUCCUUUGUUCCCUAUGGGCAUCUUUCCUAUUAUUUUACUGUGAUAUAAGUGAUGAGUGCAGCUUUUAUCCUGUACUUCUUAGCAUCAUCUCUCAUUAUUACUCGUUUCAGCUUCAGUAUUUCCCAGCAACACAAUCCUAAGGGGCCCGGCUGCCUUAGGAGGUUUAGUGAUCUCUUAGCAGAGAACAACUGCUGGAAUAAAGCCUACAAGCUUCAAAAGCA